CCCCAGCUGCAUUUUGCCGUCGCCCCCAAGCUAGCAACUACCUUACCUACCUCCUAGGUAACUGUCUUUGUUACUCCUACUGGUUGCUAGGGCAUCGUGCUUCUAGAAGUGUUCUAUCAGGUAAACAUCAGAUCAUAGAUAGAGCAUGCUGUCGGGGUUUCACUGCGCAGCAUCCAAUAAUUCUGUAACUGCUCUUUUAACUUAUCCCAUUAGGCUAUUUGCAUUUAUCAAGACUGUUGUCAUGAGAUGAUGGUGUGCGCUCUAUGCAAUAGCCGUUAUCUCACUAUUUUUCCUCCGAUGCAAGAUCAAAUGAUCACUCACUUGCAAAGCCUUGUAAGCCUUUGCAAGCCGCAACGGAUGUUUUAUUAUUAGAACGGGCAGCGUGACGUAUUGUACAUGACUAGCCUUCCCCAGCUCAUUUUCGCGGACAUAAUUUCAAAAAGGCCUUUGUUAAUACUGGUUGCUUUGUUAGAUUUGGUAGAAGCUGAUUCUUCGAGGCGCUGGGUCCCUCAAAAAAGAAAAUACAAAUUUCUUGCCAUUGUCACGGCUCUACCCUUCCACUAUGUAAUGUAAUAUUGAUCAUAUCAAACAAUGCUAUAUGUUGUAAUAUGUUGCAAGGGAUAUAUAGUGUAUACGGUAUACCAGGCAUAAAACAUGGGUACCGUUCACGACCAGCCCUGUUCCUCUUCUUCCACGUUUUAAUCCUUGUAGAGAGGCAUCUCGUAUUGACAGCACGCAACGCCGCAUCCCCGAUCCAGCGGAUGCGUACGUGUGUGCGUGUGCGGCCGGGCAGUGCAAUUAAUCCUUCCACAUGGUUUAAAGGAACAAUUAGAUCAAAACAAUUGGCAGCUAAUCAGGAUAUAUGGACGAUUUGGUCGAUCCAUUAUCAUCCCAACUCCUUGGAAAGAUAUCUCGAAAAAAUAAAAAUAAAUAAAUAAAAAUAAGUAAAAAAAGAAGCUAAUCAUCUAGGUGACGUUAGUAAGUUGUAAAACAAAG